UUACCGGUGCCCGGCCCAAAGGGGCGAGUCGACGUCUGUCGACUGGCGGAACCACUCAAGGGUCUUGCCGCCGACGUUGAUGUGGCGGCCUACGAUCUUGUGAUGGGCCAAAACACGCGCAUCGGCCAGAAACGCCUGCAGACACACAGCACAGCACAGCACAGCACAGCACAGCGCCGUGGGGUAGGCCAUUCGUUCAAUAGUCGUUCAUCCUGCCUUCGUUCAUACCGUUUUGUUUGCGUACUGGUUGAGGUCAGCAGGCGUGACAGUGAGGGGCAGCUGGCAGCACCCACACUGCCCCGCCAGCUCAAUCGCCUUGCCCAUCUUACCCCAGCCCCCCGCAUCCACCACACACAUGGCCGCCAGCAGGUCCGCCACACCCAUUUCCUGCUCAUCGAACCGCAGAAACUCCACCGUCUGCCCGUUGACUACGCGCCGCAGCCCCGCCUUUGUGCUGAGGGCGUGGCUGAGCCGCUGCCGCAGCUGGGCCGCCCUGAAGAGUGCGCUGAGCCAUCUGGAUGUGGUUCUGAGGCGCAGGAUGUCCUCAAGGCUGAGCAGGAAGAAGCUGCGCCUCCCGACGCAGAGGUAUGCCACGGGAUGCUGCUGCUGCUGUUGCUGUUGCUGUUGUUGCUGUUGCUGUUGUUGCUGUGGUCCAGGCUGUGGUUGAGGGUUCUUGGGGCGCCACACCAGCCGCUGCCGGUUGUUGUGCGUGUGAUGACGCUGCAUCCCGACUUACUGAGACGAACCUCGAUGAAUCCAAUUAGGCAUCGGGCCGAUGCAUGCGAUAGUUCUACUCAACUCACACGUCAC